AUGUUUUUCACUUUGCGGAAUCACCCAGAAUGGCAAAGGGACUGUGGGUUAGUACCCCCACAGGACCCUAUGGUGCUCGCACUUGAACGAGAAAGAGACAUAAGGCGAAAACUUCAGAAGCUGCGUCCUACGGAAAGUAGGAAUCUGGAGGUAUUGUUAGAGGAGGCGUGGAAAGUGUUUAGCAACAGGGAAGAAGAAUGUCGACAAGGACAGAUGAAGUUGAUGGCCACUCUGGUUCAGAGACCGGCCAGGCAACGACCGCGGCUGGGGCGGGAUCAGUGUGCUUUGUCUCUCCUGGGGAGGGACUUGCUGGAACAACUGGAAGCAAAAAUUGUCUUUAAAAAAGGGGAAGUCACCUUGGAGGUAAAAGAUCAGCAGUACAUUCAAGUGCUGAGUCUAAUUCUAACUAGUUUUUCGUCAGGAGGAGAAAUUAGUGAGGAAAUUUUAGACCAAGUAUAUCCGGGAGUCUGGGCUACUGAUGUACCUGGAAGGGCGAAAAAUGCACUACCAAUUGAGGUUAGGAUCAAGGAAGGUCAACGACCGGUGAGAAUUAAACAGUAUCCUUUAAAAAGGGAGGAUAGGGAAGGAAUCCGACCAGUAAUAGAAAAAUUUUUGCAAUUAGGGUUACUAAAAGAAUGUGAGUCUGAGUUCAAUACCCCUAUACUGCCCGUUCGGAAACCUGAUGGGUCGUAUAGGGUGGUUCAGGACUUACGGGCUGUGAAUAGAAUAGUUGAAGAUCUCCACCCAGUAGUAGCAAACCCUUAUACCCUGUUAACUGUAUUAACACCAGAGUUGAUUUGGUUUACUGUCUUAGAUUUGAAGGACGCCUUCUUUUGCCUUCCUCUCCAUAAAGCCAGCCAAAAAUUGUUUGCAUUUGAAUGGGAAAAUCCUAAAACUGGUCGAAAGACCCAGCUCACCUGGACGGUGUUGCCACAAGGGUUCAAGAAUAGCCCUACCCUUUUUGGCAACCAGCUUGCAAAGGACUUGGAAUCCUGGGAAGCUCCAUCCGAAAAAGGAAAACUAUUGCAAUACGUGGACGACAUUUUGAUCGCUACUGAGACAGAAGAGGACUGUGCAACGUGGACGGUGAGCUUGUUAAAUUUUUUAGGACUACGGGGGUAUCGGGUCUCUAAGAAGAAAGCCCAGGUGAUACAAUGCAAAGUAAACUACCUGGGCUAUGAGAUCACUGCGGGGCAAAGAACUUUGGGACAGUCCCGUAAGGAGGCCAUAUGUCAAACCCCGAAACCUCAGACAGUAAAAGAAUUAAGAACCUUCUUGGGAAUGACGGGGUGGUGCAGGUUAUGGAUCUAUAAUUAUGGACUGCUUGUUAAGCCCCUGUAUGCGCUAACGAACACCAAACAGACGCACCUCGAAUGGGAUAAGGAGGCUGAGCGAGCCUUCGAUUCACUGAAGAAGGCUUUGAUGUCGGCCCCGGCUCUAGGACUUCCAGAUGUGAGUAAACCGUUUCUUCUCUUUUCUCAUGAGAAGCAGGGCAUUGCCCUGGGAAUACUGGCACAAGACCUAGGUCCAUACCGACGAGCUGUCGCCUACCUCUCUAAACAACUAGAUGCGACUGCAAAAGGGUGGCCUGGGUGUCUGCGAGCGGUGGCUGCCCUGAUACUGAACAUACAGGAAGCUCGGAAGUUCACUCUGGGCCAGAAAAUGACUGUCUAUGUGUCACAUACAGUAGUCGGCACUUCUUUCCUCAGCGGUAACGUGGGGGAACCAGUGCACCAUGACUGUCUGGAAACAAUUGAGGCAACAUACUCAAGUCGCCCUGACCUGAAGGAAAGCCCCAUGAAGGAUGAGGAGAACUGGUUCACAGACGGAAGCAGUUACGUCCUGAACGGUAAUCGACACGCGGGGUAUGCCGUUACCACCAGUCAAAAGGUAAUAGAAUCAGGACCUCUGCCUGCAAAUACUUCUGCACAAAAGGCAGAAAUAAUCGCUCUAACUCGAGCCCUGGAACUGGCCAUGGGUAAGAUCAUAAACAUAUACACGGACUCCAAAUACGCUUUCGGACUUGUGCACGCACAUGGAGCAAUUUGGAAAGAAAGAGGACUAUUGAACUCCCAAGGGAAAAACAUCAAACAUGCGGAGGAAAUUUUUAAACUAUUAGAAGCUGUUCAACUUCCUGAGAAGGUGGUGAUUAUGCAUAUUAAAGCACACCAAAAGGUGAACUCUGAAUUGGAAAAAGGAAACGAGCUGGCGGAUAGGGAGGCAAAACGGGCUGCCAAAAUAGAGAUAAAGAUGGAAGGAGCACUUAUUCCCGAUAGGCAAAUUUCCCUGGAAAGUAAACCAGAAUAUACCAGGGAGGAUCAGAAACUUAUUGCAGAUCUGGAAGGGACAUAUAACAAGGAAGGGUGGGCUUAUACCCCACAGGGGAAGCUAAUUAUCCCCUCUCGUUUACUAUGGCAUUUCACACGAGAGGAGCAUAGAAAGAGACACUGGGGAGCAGAAGCUUUGUAUAGUCAUUUGAUAAAAGAGAUUGUAGCCAGAAAUUUGUACACCACGGUAAGGCAGGUGACUCGACAAUGCGACAUCUGCCUCCGGACUAAUCCCAAAAACGCUCCCAAACUAGAAAUGGGUCAAAUUGGGAAGGGCAACGGGCCUGGGCAACAGUGGCAAGUAGAUUUUACGGAAUUACCAAGAAAAGGGGGGUAUCGAUAUUUGUUGGUACUGACUGAUACCUUUUCAGGCUGGCCAGAAGCAUUCCCUACUAGAACAGCUAAGGCUCAGGAGGUAACUAAAGUACUGAUACAAGAAAUAAUACCACGAUUUGGGGUUCCGGCAAUCAUAUCCUCAGAUAGAGGACCACACUUUGUCUCAAAAGUAGUACAACAAAUUAGCCACCAUUUGGGUAUAGAUUGGCAGCUUCAUACCCCGUACCGCCCUCAGUCAAGCGGUCAAGUGGAAAAGAUGAACCACUUAAUCAAACAGCAAAUUGUAAAAUUGGGGCAAGAAGCAAACCUGACAUGGCCUCAGUCCUUGCCCUUGGCCCUUUUACGCAUACGGACAAGGCCAAGGGCAAGGGAAGGGCUAAGCCCCUUUGAAAUUUUAUAUGGACAACCAUACGGGGUACAAAAAGGAAUAUCCACACAAAUUGGAGAUGAAAUUAUGAGCUCCUACAUGGUGGCAGUUAGGGAAGCAACUCAAUAA